CCACCGUAGGCUGUCUCGACGUGUAUGUUCUGAACGCUCCGCAACAUGUUAAUGAGUUUUCGUCCGCUCUCAACGAAAAAUUCACGCGGCGUAUUCAGUAUACGAAAGAAAGACACUAGUUCAAGACAUUUACCCUCUUGAUCGAGUCUUUUUACUUAGUACCAAUUGUGCAAUAAGCAAGCUGAGGAGCGAUGCCAGGCAAAGGAGGCAGAAGAGGAAAGUACGGUGGAAAAAGAGUUGAGUUUACAUCUGAUGAGGAUUCAAUCAACAAUGAUGCAUGCAGCGAGACCAGCGGCCAAUCCGACAAUCGUAGUGUGCUGGAGGAUGUGAAUGACAACGAGGUGGACGAGCUCGCGCAGCAGGAGGCGUUCGAGGAGAAGCUGAAGGAGGCGAUCGACGGUUUGACACAGAAGAGCGCGAAGGGCCGGACUAUCUGUUUUAAUGGUAUAGAGAAAAUUUUCGCCAUUAAGUACAUACCUGAUUUCGUGGAGGACAGAAAGAUGACCAUCACGGAUGCUGUGGAGCGUGGCUUGAAAAAGGGCCGCGGCGACGAGCAGUCAACAGCUGCAAGAUUGAGCACCCUGUUGUGCGUCCAAUUGGGCGCCUUCGACAGCGCCGAGAUGGUCUGCAGAGAUCUAAAAUCGAUUCUCACCUUCAUCGCUAACGACAAUACAGCUUCUGUCCACGCUCGCGCCGAGUGUUGCUGGGCGUUGGCUAUGAAUCAAUUCUUGUCAGGCAACGAUGCGACUGACACCAUGGAAAUUGCACAGUUACUGUCGUCUAUCUUUUCGGGCUCUUAUUUGAAAGGAAAUGGCGCGAUUGCGAACAUAUCCCCGGAUGUGGCGGCGUUACACGUGGCAGCUAUCUCAUCGUGGACCCUGCUUUUAACAGUUAUGACCUCUGCGGAUAUCUACAAUUUGCUCGCGAGCGGCAAAACGAACAGUUACAUGCCUUCGCUCAAUCGAUUGCGCGAAUUGCUGGAAUCACCACAUCUCGAUGUACGUCUAUCAGCCGGCGAGGCGUUAGCAGUGAUAUUCGAACUCGGUCGUGAUUUCUCCUGCGACUAUGAACAGGAGUGGGCACUCGAUCUAAUCGAAAUUCUCAAAGAACUCGCCACGGAUUCCAACAAGUAUCGUGCUAAGAAAGAUCGCAAGCAGCAACGCGCUAAUUUUAGAGAUAUUCUGCGUUAUAUCGAGGAAGACAUCGUUCCGGAGAUGCACGUGAGAUUUGGUCAGGAAAUUCUGUAUUUAGAGGGAUGGUGCGCGAGGACUCAGUACAACGCUUGCUGCCGGCUAUUAGGCCCUGGUAUCAAUUUCCAUCUUGCUGAAAAUCAACUCCUGCGCGAGAUCUUCCACCUCGGCAACAAAGUUCUACCUCCACCGGUCACGAUCAAAACGAGUAAAUUAGAGCGAACAUUGAUGAACGCGGCCGCGUUCAAGGCACGAACCAUUCAGCGCAACAAGAAUCGUGACAAACGAUCUGCAGCUAUGGCACCGUAAUCUUACUUCUACUCCUAUGCUGGUUGUCUCUUUUAGUGUAAUACAAGUAAUAUUUGAAUUUUUUCCUUUAAUUUAUUGUAACUAUAUUUAAUAGCAUAAAUUACUGUUUUCUCACGACCAGACUACACGCUCCUCGGAUUAUGAAAGAUAAAUUUUGGAAUAUGGUUAGAUUAUCUCUAGAUAUGAUUCCUUAUAAAACGGUAUUGAUGCAUGGGCUCUUGUUGGUUGUAGAGAGGAUCUCAAAGUUGCGCCUUUGGCACAGCUUUUUCAGUGACAGAUCGUCUAUAUACACAGCUGUGCAUUCCCAGAUAGCCAAACCUGCCAAAAGCACGCAUUGCUAAUUUAUGCUACAUAUUAUAAUGGCAAAAAUCGAGCAGCAGUCGAACACAGUUUACCAUUUCAGUAUAGCGCUAACAGAAAUACAGCAAAAAUAGAACAGACCUGCGUCAUAUUACACUAGCAAAAAUUCUGUAAAAAUUCAUCAAACGUUACCGAAAUAAAGCAAGCAGAAUUCGAGCAUUACAUGCUGGCAAAAUAAAUUAA